GACGAUGCGGUGCCGGAUCUGAUGGGGCCCCAUCCUGCCCAGGGCGAGCACAGUGGCACGACAGGAGCGCCUGUGAGCUACGCAGACUGCGCGCCUUCGUCCGUCGGCUGUGCGGUGGUUACAUCAGAUAGCUUCAAAAUGAAAGACGGCUUUAGAACUGCAAAAAGUAAAAAGAAGAGGCGCAUUACAAGGUAUGAUGCACAGCUGAUCCUAGAAAAUAACUCUGGGAUUCCCAAAUUGACUCUUCGGAGGCGUCACGACAGCAGCAGCAAGACAAAUGACCAAGAGAGUGAUGGAAUGAAUUCUUCAAAAAUAAGCAUCAAGUUAAGUAAAGACCAUGAAAAUGAUAAUAAUCUCUACGUAGCAAAGCUUAAUAAUGGAUUUAACUCAGGAUCAGGCAGUAGUUCUACAAAAUUAAAAAUCCAGCUAAAACGGGAUGAGGAAAGUAGGGGGUCUUAUGCAGAGGGGCUUCAUGAAAAUGGGGUGUGCUGCAGUGACCCUCUUUCUCUCCUGGAGUCUGGAAUGGAGGUGGAUGAGUAUAGUCAGUAUGAGGAAGAAAGUACAGAUGAUUCCUCCUCUUCUGAGGGAGAUGAAGAGGAAGAUGACUAUGAUGAUGACUUUGAAGAUGAUUUUAUUCCUCUUCCUCCAGCUAAGCGAUUGAGGCUAAUAGUUGGAAAAGACUCUAUAGAUAUUGACAUUUCUUCAAGGAGAAGAGAAGAUCAGUCUUUAAGGCUUAAUGCAUAAGCUCUUGGUCUUAAUUUGACCUGGGAUAACUACUUUAAAGAAAUAAAAAAUUCCAGUCAAUUAUUCCUCAACUGAAACAUUUUAGUGGCAGCACUUCUAUUGUCUCUUCACUUAUCAGCAUAAUAUUGUAGAAAAUGUACAGCAUACUGACUCUUCUUAAGUCUAAUUUGUGCAAAUUUUUAUCGUACUUUUUAAAUAGCCUUCUUACGUGCAAUUCUGAGUUAGAGGUAAAGCCCUGUUGUAAAAUAAAGGCUCAAGCAAAAUUGUACAGUGAUAGCAACUUUCCACACAGGACGUUGAAAACAAUAAUGUGGCUACACAAUUUUUUUUUAACUUUAAGAGCAUCAGUUGGCUCUUUAAUAUAUGUCUAAACAAUAAUUUAAAACAAAUCAUAGUAGCAGCAUAUUAAGAUUUUCUAGUAUGCUAAUAUCACCAGCAACGAUCUUUGGCUUUUUGAUUUAUUUGCUAGAUGUUUCCCCUCCUUGGAGUUUGUCAAUUUCACACUGUUUGCUGGCCCAGCUGUACUGUUUGUGGCCUUUGUUAAUAUAGCAAACCAUUGGUUGGGAGUCAAAUUGGUUUCUUUAAAAAAAAUACAUUUACACACGUGACAGCUCACUUUCAGUACAUUAUAUGUACAAAGGUAGCAGUAUGCAGGGUGAGUUUGGAUACAGCGUAUUUAUUGUCAUGUAAAUUAAUGACCUUGUAUUUAACUUUUCAAUCCUUUUAGAUAAAAUUGUUCUUUGCAAGAAUGAUUGGUGCUUAUUUUUUCAAAAUUUGCUGUGAACAAUGUGAUGACAACAGGCAACGUUUAUCUAAUGAACUACAGCUAUCUUAAUUUGGGUCUUCAAGUUUUCUGUUGCACUUGUAAAAUGCUACAAGGAAUAUUAAAAAAAAUCUAUUCACUUUAACUUAUAAUAGUUUAUGAAAUAAAAACAUGAGUCACAGCUUUUGUUCUGUGGUAACCUAUAAAAAUGUUUGUCUUUGAAAUUCAGUGUAAACAACUGAAAACAAUGUAUAUGUUGUAAAUA